GGUGCCGGAUUCAGUGCUGCUCUCACACGUGCCUUGCGUGAGACAGUCAGAUUUCACGAGGGCGUCGUUUGCGGCGAGAAAUCCCGUCUCCUUACCGUCAGAGGUGAACACUUUAAAAACGAUGCGGUAAACCUAUGUCAAAGAAACUCAGAUCGAGUGUGGAACUUGAUUCGGAGCAUCAGUGGUGAGGGGGAAAAAAAUGAAAUGAAAGAUACAGCAAUACGCGAGUACAAGAGUGGUAGCUCAUUCAGUUGUUCGAGACAAAAUACAAGAUGGUAAAAAAGAACCUUCCUGGAUGUGAUCAGAGCCCUGAAGACCAUCUGAUUAACAUCAAUGUGGGUGGUCUGAAGCACAGUUUCUCUUCUAGUACUCUACAGAGGUUUCCAGAUACCCGGUUAUGUCGCCUUCUGUCCUGUGACACUGUUGAAGCCAUUUUACAGGUUUGCGAUGACUAUGACAUUCAAGAGAAGGAAUUUUACUUUGACCGAAACCCGAAUCUCUUUCCUUAUGUCUUCCAUUUCUACCAAACUGGGAAACUGCACAUCAUGGAGGAGCUGUGCAUCUUCUCCUUCUGCCAGGAAAUUGAGUACUGGGGAAUAAAUGAGUUCUUCUUGGAUAGUUGCUGUAGUUAUCUCUAUCAUGAUCGUAGGUUAGAGAGCCAUCACAAGUCCUGGGAUGAAGAAAGUGAUGUAAGCAGCGUGGACACCUCUGUGGAUGAGAUAUCUGACCUAAACAAGGACAUCCAACAUUUCCAGGACAUGCGUUUUGGAAAUAUACGUAAGUGCCUAUGGUUGACUUUGGAGAAUCCAGGAUAUUCCAUUCCAAGCAAGCUCUUCAGCUUGGUUUCCAUCAUUGUUGUGUUAAUAUCAAUUGCCACUAUGUGCAUCAACAGCAUCCCAGAGUAUCAGGUGUAUGAUGAUAGUGGCCAGUUAAUCGAGGAUCCAACCAUGCAAGCUUUGGAGAUUCUUUGCAUCUGCUGGUUCACUUUUGAAGUGGUAACACGCAUGGUCCUUGCACCAAAUCGUAGAAAGUUUUUCCUUCAUCCUCUAAAUGUGAUUGAUAUCGUUUCAGUGCUGCCUAUCUACAUCACCCUAAUUUUUGACCUGUUUGCUGGUAGUGAAUCAGAGCUGGAAAACAUUGGGAAAAUUGUUCAGGUUCUUAGGCUCAUGAGGAUCUUCAGAGUGCUGAAGUUGGCUCGGCACUCAACAGGCCUAAGGUCAUUAGGUGCUACAUUACGGCAUAGUUACAGAGAAGUAGGCAUCCUUCUACUCUACCUGGCUGUAGGUGUAUGCGUCUUCUCUGGUGUAGCUUACACUGCAGAGUAUGAGGAGGAUGUCGGUUUGGACACCAUUCCUGCUUGUUGGUGGUGGGGUACAGUAAGCAUGACCACUGUUGGCUAUGGAGAUGUUGUACCUGUCACAGUUGCUGGAAAGUUAGCAGCUUCUGGAUGUAUCCUGGGUGGCACAUUAGUAGUGGCGUUACCCAUUACAAUUAUCUUCAACAAGUUCUCCCAUUUCUACCGCAAACAGAAGGCUCUGGAGGCUUCAGUAAGAAACAACAACAACAACAAGGGACCAGGGCAAGAGAAUGAAGAAGGAUCUGAAGAUGAUAGCCAAUGUUUGGAGGAUGAGGAUAAGGAGGAGGAAAAAGAUGGAGUGAAUGUAAGAGGGGUAGUAAAUUACAGUUAUGUACAUAAUUUGCUUUCAGCCUCUUCUACACAGUAUGAAAUGAAUGAUCCAUUUACAACAAGAGGAAAUGCAAUUUAUAAUCUCUGAAACUGCUGGUCUAUUACGUCCAAUAGUACAAACAGCAUGAUAGUAUAUAACUCUGCAUUCAUGCC